AUGUUGGCUAGUUACGCAUCAGUUGGGACCGAGGCGGGUGGUUACCCGUUUUCACUCGUGUUGAAAGACGGUAGGGCAAUUGUGGGAUUCCACGGGCGUUCUGGAGCCUACCUUGAUGCCAUUGGCGUUUAUUUGCAACAUGCUGCUCCACUCCCUCAAGCCGAACAAAUUAAACCAUUAAAACAACCUAAAGUUGAAGUAAUUAAUGACGAAUUCCCCAAUCUAUAUCAGGAAUUCAAAUUGAAUAUGAAAAGAAAAACAAAACGUCAGUUUGGUCACAACUUCAUGGUGGUUUUGGCUUUGGAGAUGGGAAUGACAAUGGUAUUAGAAAGGACGCAAGAAAUGAUUUGUUCAUUAUUUUAUGGAUUUGAUAUGCAGAUAAAGAUUGAUGGUGAAAAUGAGCUCUUGAUUGGAAUUGAAGGAUUUUAUAGUCCAGUGAACGACAAUGGGGGCCUAAAUGCAAUAAGACAAAUUGCAUUUUAUACAAAUAAAGGAAAACAUGGACCUUAUGGAACUGAAAUUCGAACUUAUUUUAGCUCUUCAACUGCUAGAGGAAAAAUUGUUGGUUUUCAUGGGAGAAGUGGUGUUUUCUUGAGUGCUAUUGGUGUGCAUGUGGAGUAUUUCUAAAAGUAAG